CAACCAGAGACGCAUGACAUGAGGACGCAGUUCCGGUCUAAUCUUUCAACGCAGGCCCAAAACGUUUGUCACGCGGUUAGUCUUGGCGCGACACGUCAUUUCCGAGUGCGUUUUGCCACCCGCCAAGAUUUAUACAUUGAAAGAAUGUUAAGCUUCUUCCGAAAAAGUCAGGAUCCAAGGAAAGUGCAAGUAACAGAAAAAGAAGCAGAUGGGUUUGUUUUUCUUGGCAAUGCAGUUAAUGAAGAAAGAAAUGACUGUGCAGAUAAAACUUCAUUGUGUAACACUGGACCUAAGUAUGAACAGACUUCCCAGAUAAAUUCAGACAACAGAUCAGAGUUCACUGAAGCAGGCACUGAAAUGGGGACAGAGAAAAAUCAGAAUGUGGAAAGCAGUUCUAUGUUGGAAUUUCUCAAUGAUGUACCCUUUACUCUUGCACCACAUGUAUUGGCGAUACAAGAGACUCAUAAUGACCUCCCCAGACAGUUGCUCUCCUAUGAUGUCAGUGACAAUCUAACAAGAUUUUGGUAUGAUUUUACACUUGAAAAUUCAGUGUUAUGUGAGUCAUAGCUGAGUCAAUUUAAAACAUGUACCUUGAGUGUUUGAAGUAAAAUACACAAAUAUUGUAUGUUGCUUACCUGUACUUCUGUGUGGCACACUUAUUUAUUUCU